AUGGUGAAAACGCUCUACACCAACUCCACGGCCAACAUAUCGAGGGUAUUUAAGAAGACCUGCUCCAGUAGGAAGCUUUCCAUCUGCCUGGGGAAACUGGACUUCGUGGACCAUGUGGACACGGUGGAACCUAUUGUGCCAUCGCUCCCUCUCUCCACCGAUGGUAUAGUCCUUAUUGACCCUGAUUACUUCAAAGGUCAAAAGAUGUUUGUCAUGUUGACAUGUGCCUUUCGCUAUGGCCAUGAUGACUUGGAUGUGAUUGGAUCGACGUUCCGCAAAGAUCUGUAUGUACAGAUCCAGAAAGUCAUCCCAGUUGAGCCCACCCGCCCCCGGAGGCCACUCAUAGCCCUGCAGGAGUGACUGCUGCACGAGCUGGGGGACAAAGCCUACCCCUUUACCCUGCAGGUACUGACCCCAACUCCGGACAAGGUUUCCAGGGAAGAUUAAAACAGGAAGCUAAAGAACAACAGAGUGCAGUUUGCACCCCUGGAGCCAGGCCCUGGCCCCUGGGCUCAGACCAUCCACUGCUUCCUUCUGUCAGCUCAGCCCCUACAGCUCUAGGCCUGGAUGAAGAGGGAGGUUCACUACCAUGGCAAACCCAUCUCUGUCAAUGUUUCUAUCAACAACACCAACAAGGUCAUCAAUAAAAUCAAGAUCUUAGUUGACCAGAUCACAGGUAUUGUCCUGUAUUCACUAGACAAGUACACCAAGACUUUCUUCUUCUCCUUUCAAAGGGAGACUAUUGCUGCUAACUCCAGCUUCUCCAAGAGCUUUGUAGUAACCCCACUCCUGACCACCAACUGCCAGAAACAGGGCCUGGUACUGGAUGGCAAACUCAAGCAUGGUAAUACCAAUCUGGCAUCUAGCACGAUCAAGGAGUUUCUGGGGAUGCUGAUGUCCUACAAAGUCAGAGUGAAGCUGGUGGUGUCCAGUGGAGGCUGAGUGAGCAUCCUUGGUGACCUGACGGCCAUUGCUGUUGGUGUGGAGCUGCCCCUGGUCCUGAUGCAUCCAAAGCAUCUCAUGUGUCAGCCUCCAUUUUAUGACCAUGCUCUGAGGACAGUCAUCGAGGAGUUCGCUCGGCGGGAGCCAAGGGGGGCGGAGACCCGGGAGGCUUUGGCGGAGGGGGUUGUGCCUGCUGUGGCGCCUGUGUGUGGGAGCCCCAUUGUAACGCUCUAA